CAACUCCUCCUCGUGCACGCGCGAGCACAACUCCUCCUCGUGCUCGCGCGAGCAGUGCUUCAACAAAUCAAGAUGGCUGUUCACAGUGCUGCUGUGCUCUCCAUGUCUAAACUCAUUAAUCCUUUCUGGGGUGGACGCCUUGGAAACACGGUUAAAGUAUUUGGAACAACUCUGACAAGCCACAGGAACAAGAGCUCACAUACUACAGACAACAUUCCCCCUCCUGCAAAGUAUGGAGGCCGACACACUGUGACCCUCAUCCCUGGAGAUGGAAUCGGUCCAGAGCUGCUCAGUCAUGUCAGAGAGGUUUUCAGGUUCAGCUGUGUCCCGGUGGACUUUGAGGUGGUGGAAGUCAACUCUGCUCUGGAGACUGAGGAGGAUAUCGACAACGCCAUCACUGCCAUUCGCCGCAAUGGAGUUGCCCUCAAAGGUAACAUAGAAACCAAACACACCAUGGCGCCAUCUGUCAAAUCCAGAAAUAAUCUCCUACGCACAAGCUUAGACCUGUAUGCCAACGUGAUGCACUGCCAGUCGCUCCCUGGAGUCCAGACUCGCCACAAGAACAUUGACAUCAUGAUAAUCAGAGAGAACACGGAGGGAGAGUACAGCAGUCUGGAGCACGAGAGCGUAUCAGGAGUAGUGGAGAGUCUCAAGAUCAUCACCAGGAACAAUUCCCUCAGGAUCGCCGAGUACGCCUUCCGACUGGCCAAGGAGAAAGGUCGUAGCAGGGUCACUGCCGUACACAAGGCUAACAUCAUGAAGCUCGGCGAUGGCUUGUUCCUGCAGUGUUGCAGAGAAGUGGCCUCUGAUUACCCAGACAUCACAUUUGACAGCAUGAUCGUGGACAACACCACCAUGCAGUUGGUGUCCAAUCCCCAGCAGUUUGAUGUGAUGGUGAUGCCCAAUCUGUACGGGAACGUGGUGAGCAACGUGUGUGCAGGCCUGGUGGGAGGGCCUGGCCUCGUGCCCGGGGCUAAUUACGGCCGUGACUAUGCUGUCUUUGAAACGGCCACAAGGAACACCGGGAAGAGUAUUGCAGGCAAGAACAUUGCUAACCCCACUGCCAUGCUGCUAGCCGGCUGCAUGAUGCUGGACCACCUCAAGCUUUAUGACUACGCCACUAUGAUCCGAAAUGCAAUCCUCGGCACCAUGAAUGAAACCAGGUUGCACACAGCUGAUAUCGGGGGUCAGGGCACCACAUCGGAGGUGGUCCAGUCCAUCAUGAGGUUCAUCCAGAGCAAAGGGCCGCUCACAACUGAGCUCUAAACACACACACACACACACACACUCAUCAGAGGUGUGAGUUUGAACAGGUUAUCCAUGCAUGUCUGUUUCCAUAGCGCUGGGUCUGUCGCUGACAUCAGAACGUUUCCUUUAUUUUCUUGUUCACACAGUUUACUGAUAACUGUACAAACAGCCUUUUAUCCACACCUGUGUGUUUCACAUAUAGUAGUGACCUAAACGACACUGAUUUAAAAACGGUUUACUUUUGAUCAUUCCAUUAUCACUCCUGUUAGAUGAUAAACCCCGCUGUAAGGAUAUUUCAUCAGGCUCAUUCAGUUAAAUCUGUGUUCUUACAAAUGGUUAUGAUGUAUGUCAGUGUGGUCCGACACAUGAUGGGGGUCAGACAUAUUUAAAAUAUCCUGAUAUGGCCAUGGAUUGUCCACUCUCUGCAUUCUUCAAUGUGGAUCAUUAUUUAUUUUCCAGAUCACAACUAUGUUACAGCCUUUUCAGUCAAACCAAAAUGUGCCAUGUUCAUUUAACGCCAUGCCAUUUUUUUGUCUUACUGUAACUUAAAUAACACGUUGCCUGUUAUAUAAUGUACUGUCCUGCGUGUUCACAUCAGAUCAACUGUACUGUGUAUACUACAAAUGGUGAUGUAGCUAUUUCAUAUAUACUGUAUCAGAAGAGGUGUAAGUUUGGGUGAUAUAACAAAAGAAAUAUUCUGUUGUCUUUAAGUCUAACCGGGCAAGAACUCUUAAAGUCUGAUAUGAAAAGUCUGUUUUUAUCAUAUCUGUGGGCGGGUAUAUAUAUACUGUAUAACACAAAUAUCAAUAAAGAAAUAAUCUACCUGA